AAACAAGCAUGAGCAGCCCACAAACAAGGCAUUCAAAAGGGCUAUUGAGAGUAGCCUCUGUCCUCCUCCACUCUCUACUCCCCCCCAAUCUCUGAACCCUAAAGACCCUUUUCUCUAUCUUCCAUUCUGAUAAAAAACCCUAGUUUUUUUCCCUUUCAAUGCUUCCAUAUUACUCUACUAUUUAUUAAUUUAUCGAUUUAUUUGUUUCUUCAUCUUCAAUUUCAUCUACACAGUCGAAAACUUUCUUCAAUCAUGGACAUAGAACAAAGGCAAGCAGAGCUAAUUGAUGCAUUCGUUAAGCAAGCUUCUACCCACAAUGGCUCCGCCCUCGCCACCGUGAUCCUCGACGCCACUUCGCACCCCUCGCUCUUCGCCUUUUCGGAGAUUCUCGCUGUUCCCAAUGUUGUUGAGCUUGGAGGAACUGAGAAUUCUGUAUAUCUCGAUAUGCUUCGUUUGUUUGCACAUGGCACAUGGAGUGAUUACAAAAGUAAUGUUGACCGUCUUCCACAAUUGGUGCCUGAUCAAGCCCUAAAGUUAAAGCAGCUUACUGUACUUACACUGGCUGAGACAAACAAGGUACUCCCCUAUGAUCAACUGAUGCAGGAAUUAGAUGUUACAAAUGUACGUGAACUUGAAGAUUUUCUUAUCAAUGAGUGCAUGUAUGCGGGCAUAGUAAGAGGGAAGCUGGAUCAGCUGCGACGGUGCUUUGAGGUGCAAUUUGCAGCAGGGAGGGAUCUGAGACCCGGGCAACUCGGGUGUAUGAUUCAAACAUUAUCAAAUUGGUUGGGUACAUCAGAUAAUCUUCUCCUCUCAAUUCAAGAGAAGAUAAAGUGGGCAGAUACCAUGAGUGAGUUGGACAAGAAACACCGAAAGGAAGUCGAAGAGAGGGUAGAGGAAGUAAAGAAGUCAUUCUCCGUCAAGGCCGACAUUGACUUCCGAGGGCACGAGGAGAUCUACUCUGAACCUGGUGGAGUGAUGGACUACGAGGAAGAUCGAAGCCGACCCAAGAGUCUAUAUGAUGAAUAAUAUGGGAAAAAAUUCACAGGAGACGGCAUCCAAUAUCUUGAAGAGAUAGGGAGGAGAGGGUUGGGCCAGUUGGAUAGGUUUCCAGGCGACUUGCCGGUUUUUUGUUCAUGGCAUUCCGACGAUGACACAUGGUUUAUGGUUUGGGGGACAAUUUCACGUCCUUGACAUCAAAACUUGUUACAUUCUCAUAUUUGACAAUGGUUUAGUGUGUAUUGAACCCAUAUUUAUUCGUUUCUUGAGUUGGACUAAACACAAGAUCAGAUUUGGUGGUGCGGCUAAAGAUGAUUUACCCAUGUUUAUUCCCAAUAUUUGUAUCAUUUGUUGAUAUUGCUCUUAAAUGCGACUUAAAUUAUUAGCCAUCUAUAAUGAAUUUAUACGGCUUUCUACCGCAAAA